GUGGCGGUGGGACUUCGUGUCGUGUCCAGCCGCUGUGCGCUGCGUCAACCCACUCAGGAAUGGGGCUCACCAAGAUAUGGACGAUAAUUUUACUCUUGUGCAUGGCGUCGUCCUACGACGCUGCUCCCGUGAAUGAAGGCGACGUCAACACCGCACAGAAUCAACCGGAGUCCGUGGAUUCGAGAAGUGGGACCGACGAGAGUACAGCAACCGCCCAGGGCAGCGUUACGAAUGGGAAGUCAAGAGACGCUACACACGUAUACAUCCCCGGUGAUGGCUUCGGAGUCGCCAGUCUUGAAAGGAUUACAGACGGUGGCAAAGAUCAGACUGAGUUGGAAGCAGAGGAGCAGCCGUCACCCGAAGAAACCAUGAAAACAGCUGCUGCUAUCAUUUUCCCGCCUUUAUUCGAUAACGCAGGGCCCUCUGAAAACGGCUCCCAGUAAUGAUCUCUCGCGUCAUCUUCAAUUGAAGCAGUAAUUUACGACACACCAAUCGUGCCAGU